GGCAGGUAUCCCGCCACGGGUUCAACAUCGCACCGCCCCCUCCCCCGCUCCGAGUCAUCCUCUCUCCCUCCACUAUACCCCCAGUACCACUCAUACAGCCACAUCCCACACCCAGCCUAGCCUACCAUGCGUGCAGUUUCCACCUCGAGGUAUCAGCUCCGCACACGCAGCCUCGCUCUGCUCUGCCUAGUCGCUCUGCUCAACCUGUCACUCUGUAAGGCUACACCUCUUCCGCAGCUACCCAACACAGGAGCAGGAGCUGGACCAGGGACAGGUAGCCAGCUCUCUCCACUCGAAGAGCUUGACCCACUCGCCGCAUAUGGGCCUUCCUUGCUCCCGGUAGCACAGCAAGAGAAAGAGAAACAGCAAGAGCAACAACAACAACUACAGCAACAAUUGCAGCAACAAGGAGGUGGACCCGGCGCAGGUCCAGCAUCAUACAUGGCUUCGGUCACACUACAGCAAGCCGGUCUUGGUCCUGAUUCCGGAGCAGACUCUGGCAUGGGGAUGGGCAUGGGGAUGGGCAUGGGGAUGGGUAUGGGCAUGGGAGGUGAAUCCUAUGCACCCGGCCCCCUUCCUGGUGCCGACAGUGGCUCUGGUCCUAUUGGUGGAGGCGCAGGCGCAGGCGCAGGAGAAACUCAACAGGGAGCCGAUCCUUGGACUCUACUUCGAGAAGCAGUAGACCGAGCGGCCGCGGCUAUUGCUGCUGCCUCGAGCGCUGCUGCUCAUGCGGCCGCAGUGGAAGCUGGGACUGGAGGUGUAGGUGUAGGUGUAGGAGGAGGGGGAUCCGGUAUGGACGAUGGCUCGAGUGGACCUGCUGGACCUGGUGGCGGACCUGGGGGUGCAGGUCCUAGCUCUGGCGCUGGUCAUGGGCACGGCGCUGCACCCGGGUCUGGACAGGGAGGUCAACCCGGACCAGGCUCAGGAGGUGGAGAUGGAGCAGGCGGGGACGCUGGAGCCGGUGGACCCCUGGAAGCCACACAGCGACAUAAGCUUGUCACCUGGACCGACUUCUCACAAGGGCAUCUUCCACGCCACGUACACCUUCCUUUGAGCGGAUCGCGGGCGAAGACCCCACAUUCCGGUCAUGCUCUCGUGCCACUCUUCCUCCGCCCACUCUUUACGAACGACAGUCGAAAGUUUUCUUCCUCCCCUUGAAUGUGUACAUUGGAUUUCGCCACCCUGCUAAUGCAUCUUGAAAAGCGUCAGCCAUGCUUCAAGCCGCCUACUUCGUCAUGCAGGCUCAAGUGUAUGACCACUCAUGUUGGUCUCUUAUAUGAAACAGCUCGAUGACUCGCCCCCUCAGACCACGCUAGAUGAUAGCAGGAUCGCAUGGUAUCUGGUAUUAGCGCUUCCUCUUCGUCAAGUCAAGAGACGUCCGAAUCAGGAUAGUGAUAUAGUACAGGGCCGUGAACACAGACUCGGGGUGCAGAAUAUAUAGGGACGAGGAGGUAACCGGAAAACGAAAACGAGAUGCAAGGUGCGAGUGCGGACGAUGCGCGACGAGAUUGGAUGGGCUUAGCCAGAUGGAGGGAGUUCUGG